CAUGCGCAUUUCACUCAUCACUCAUGAUCAAAGAUGGCGAGCACCUCCGACCCACUGGAAGAUAUGUUAUUUUCUGAGGUGGAUGAAAAAGCUGUGAACGAUUUAGUGGGCUCUUUGGAGUCACAACUUGUUGGACAAAGCAACUCUGCAGAUACUCAGUCGGAAAACAGAGAUGCUGGGUGUACAUUCACUGCAAACCAUCACUUAGGGAAAACGCUACCAGCCCAAGUGGGUACUACAUUAGUACAGCAGCAACAAGGACAACAUAAAGCUGGGAUGCACCAGGAUAUAAACUCUAAAGAAAUUAGCUUAGAGAAAACUGUUACAUCUUCUUCGCUGAGUUCUAUUCCGUCCUUUGAGGAAGCUUCCACCACUUCGGGGACUGGAGUAAACGCUACCAAGAGCGGUUUGCAAUCACAUGGAACAUCAUCUAUCACAACACUACCUACAUUUGGCGGUGUAGCAACUUCUCCGCUUGUCAACAGCACCACCACCAGCCGAGGUUCCGCUCUGGCUUCAGGUCAGACAUCAACAGACAUUGUCGAUCAUCCAAGAAAACGUAUAACUGCAUCGUUACGGAGUGCAUCCGCGGGAAUACAGAGUUUGAACGGUACCGGAGGAGCGGUAACGUCAAGGAAUAAUCCCCCUGCAGCGGGAACUGCUGCGUUGAUUAGCAGUGCAAGUGCAGCAAACUCAAGUCGGACCGUUGACGUUACAUCUUGUGUAAAUACGACGAAUUUGACUUUAUCUAACUCUAGAAUUUAUUCAACUCAAUCAGCGAUUCCCCUGGAUAAGGGGACUCCUACUAUUGCUUUGCAAAGACUACCAAGUCACAUUGUAGCGAGCAUCGCGCAUAAUGGAAAUGGCACUACCGUCUCGGCCUUGGUUAAACAAGGCGCGAUAGGAUCGAUCACUUCUGCAGCAGCUUCGCAAGUGAACCACAAAAAAGAGGGUUCUGAAGCGAAGUCGGACGCUCCCGUACAGUCCAAAAUAGUCAUGUCCAGUCCGUUAGGUGUUGUCAAUUCCGUAAUAAACUCUGUUUCCUCUCCCUCUGCCGUUUCCAACAUAGCAGCGGCGACUACUGCAAGUCAUGUCAUGGCAAAGCCUGCUGUCAAUGUUGUUGGACAAACAACAACUGUUGGAAUGGUAAGGUCACCGGCUGUGGCCACAGCUACACAGCCUCUGCUUCGACCGGGAGUCCCAGCAUCUCAAAGGACUGUAGCCCCCCAGCUGAUUGUCAGACCCCCCCAACAACCACAGACGACCAUUCAACUGCCUCCUGGGUUUACCAUCCCACCCGGAAUGGUGUUAGUGCGCACUGAGAUGGGUCAGCUGGUGAUGGUCCCACAGCAGGCCCUUGCCCAGGCACAGGCCCAAGCCCAGGCCCAGGCCCAGAACAACAUCUCCCCCCGAACUGCCACCCCCACUGCAGGGGCCACCUUCAGAGCAACUACCCUACAGGCCAAGAUGGUGCCGUUUCCCUCUCCCACUUCUAGUCCUGUCCUCCAGAUCUCCUCCUCCACUGCCCAACCUUCUAAGGGCCCCAUGGCGCCGGCUGUGGCAGUGACGGCUCCCCAACAGGCCCCCGUGGUAAUGGCCCCCCAGGUCCAGGCUGGGGCCCAGGCUGCCUCACAGCCAGCCCUGCCCCCACAGACCAGCGUCCCUGUAGCCCCAGGAGCCUCUGUCAUCUCCCAGGAGAUGCAGGAGAAUGUGAAGAAGUGUAAGAACUUCUUGGCCACCCUGAUAAAGCUGGCUUCACACAACUCUCCGUCGCCUGAGACCUCCAAAAAUGUCAAGUCACUGGUCCAGGAUCUGCUGGAUGCUAAGAUUGAGCCUGAGGAGUUCACCAACAGACUGCAGUCAGAGCUCAAGUCGUCUCCUCAGCCCUACCUGGUCCCCUUCCUCAAGAAAAGCCUCCCGGCCCUGCGGCUGUCUCUGCUCAACAUUCAGCAUUCCCUGAUCCAGCCUCUGCCGCAGGCCAAAGCCACCCCCACCACAGGCACCAGCUCUGCCAUCAUGGCCGUCCCAGCUGUCCGCGGCCGCCUCCCCAACAGCGGCAGCACCACGGGGGCCAGUGUCGGGGCCCAGGGACACACAGCUGCCCUGGGUAUCAAGCAAGCGGGCACCGCUGGUUGCCAGGUCAGGAUGCCCAUGUUGAUCACACCAUUAAGAACACAAGGCACUGUCAGCAAGGGAGCCAUGUUCCAAGUAGGCAAAAGUCCUGUGGGUUUUGCUGUUAAGGGCUCUGGAAAUCAGAAAAACAAGCAGAACGAUCCCGGAGGCGGGUCUUUCAGGGAUGAUGAUGACAUUAACGAUGUGGCGUCCAUGGCGGGGGUGAACCUGAAUGAAGAGAGCGCUCGUAUCCUGGCAACCAACUCUGAGCUGGUGGGGACACACAUCCGCUCCUGUAAAGAUGAGGCCUUCCUUCACCCGGGCCUGUUACACAGACGCAUCCUGGAGACAGCUAAGAAGUUUGGCGUGUCAGAGGUUCCUAUGGAGGCUGUGAACUUCAUCUCCCACGCUACCCAGUCCCGACUCCGCACUGUGCUGGAGAAGGUCUCCUCCAUCGCACAGCACAGGAUGGACGGUGGUAAAGAUGAGGAGUGGUUUGAGCAGUCGGCAGACGUGCGGUCGCAGCUAAAGUUCUUUGAGCAGCUGGAGAGGAUAGAGAAGCAGAGGAAGGAUGAACAGGAGAGAGAGAUCCUACUCAAAGCAGCUAAAAGUCGCUCCAGGCAAGAGGACCCAGAGCAGGCUCGGCUGAAACAAAAAGCUAAGGAGAUGCAGCAACAGGAAAUGGCCCUGGUGAGGCAACGAGACGCGAACCUGACCGCGCUAGCUGCCAUCGGACCUCGGAAGAAACGCAAGGUGAACUCGCCAGGGGCCACGCCGUCAGGGACCGAGGUAAGACCGGAGCCCCCCCUAUAAAGUUUCCAACUGCUAGUUAGCUUCUGUCGUUUUCUUUAACCUGCUGUAGGAGGACGAAAUAUAUACCUACACAAUCAAUUCUGAAACAAAACUAACAAAUAAAACAAACAUUGUUCGAUUUCCCUCUCAAUUUUUUUAUCCGCCCGGUCGCCCUAAAAACAUGUUUUAGGACCACACUGUUGAGAUGCAUGUCAAUUGUAAUUACUCACCAACCCCAGUAGGAGUACUAAGGUGUACAUAUUAGAUGCCCAGAAUGGGAUGUUCACACACAACAGGUUUACACACCCCGUGGACUGUUUCUCUUCUGUUUCUACUGAACAUUGAUGAAUUGCAUGGCCACAUGCUCUGCAGUAUUGGUAUUCAUUAGUCAAGAACCAGAUGUUUGAUUGGCUCUGUACUCUGAUUGGCUCUGUGUUGUUGUCCUCAUAUUAUUUAGGAAGAGUUCUAUGGUGGGCCUGGUACACAGUGUGCAGGCCGUCCUCUGAACCAUUACGUUGUCCUCAUGCUUAUUCGUCUAUAAAGUGGAUGAAGAUGAGUCCUUCUGAAGUCUCCCUUUAGAUUAGAGACAUGAGCCAAUACCAUGGUGUGAGGCAGAGAAAUACAAUCCCCAUUCAAGUCAAUGUUCUAGGGAUUCUAUUUCUAUGAAGAGAGGGGAUGGUGGUUUGUUAGUUUGUUUAUCAAUUAUCCAAGGAUUGGAGUUGUUGUUUUGGGGGUAUUAUUGUUGUAUUCUUAAUACCAGACCUCCUUAACAGAAAUAAUCUGUUCUACAUUAUCCCUGUUUGGGACAUGUAUCUAAUGCACCACAUUGGAGACCUCAGUAAGCUAAUACAGGGAAGAUGAUGGGAAUAUAUCUCUGAUACAUGAACCAACAUCCACAUCGACAGGACCAGAGCAUGUUGACUUACUCCCGUCUGACUAACUGUCUGUUGUUAAUUAAGAUGAAUUAUGUUUUUAUAAAAUAAUAGUCUCCUGUUGAAAAUGGUUAAAGAACAGCCCGAUUAUCACAUUUCUCCAAUACGGGGUUAUACAUUGUCAUAAACACAGUUAUUCUGUAACCAAAAAUAUUUUACAUUCUCAGAGAAAGAAAUGUUGACCUAUUCAAACUCCCCUCGAUAUUCCCUGAUUACUGCUGUUAUUCUGUGAAUAUGAUGAAUAAAACAUUUAAAAAAUCUUCUGAAUGUCAAUUGGUCAUUUUAAUAACCUG